AACUCCGCUGAAACGGCCAAACUGUAUUUAGUCACUCAGACAGCCACGCCUUCCGUGGGAGGUGGGUCCGUGUGCGGGGGCGGGGCUGGCCUAGAUUGAAGGAGACGCCCACUUGUGCCGCUAGUACCAUGGAAAACAACGCCGGGCUUUUGGGGGAAUAACGACAAGGGAAUAUAAAAAAUAGGAAAAACUCCAUUCAAAAUAGAAAAUUCCAUUCUUACGCUACAUCAGAAAAGACGCAGAGAAAGACUGAAUGGCUACCAUCGCUCGCCUUUUGUUUGAGUGUCUGUCUUCGGGCAGCUGAACCCCCCGGAGUAUGUGAUGGAGAGGCGCCCCUCCGCCCUAACUUCUCGCUGACAUUUAGGUCGCAUCUGUUUGCAGAAGAGAUGGCAGCAAGACUAGUGGCAGCGGCUGUGGGCUGCAUACUGUGGGUGGUCGUCACAUGUCGAGAGGUCUCUCUGCCCCCUGGACCCCUUUACAGGGUAGCAGGCUUUCCCCUCUCUCUUCCCUGCUCCGUGUCUGGCUACGAUGGUUCACCGAUCCAGGACUUCGAAUGGUUCCUCUACAGGAAUGGGGCAGGUGGGAACCCCAUUGGAGCAAUUUCGACCCGGGACCGGAACUUUCCCUAUGCCCCGUUCAAGUCGAGAGUCCGGGCAGGCGAGGUGCGCAUUGAGAGAGACAGAGGGGACAUGGUGCGCCUGGUGAUACAGAGACUGCGCGCAGAGGAUCAGGGUGUUUGGGAGUGCUACACCCCGAGCACAGACGCACGCUAUCUGGGCAACUACAGCAGCACAGUCGCCGUCAACGUCAUGCCUGAUACUCUGCAGGUCAGCUAUGUUGCCUCAUCUCAGAUGUCCUCUCGCUCCCUUGCCGGUCAGUCCCUUCCAGAAGGCGCUGAGUUAGAACUGACCUGUGCGGCCUCAGUCCAGUCUGAGCAGCACACCCACCUCUCGGUCACGUUCAGCACACGAGGAGGAGUGGAUGCUGCUGCGGUGGAUGCAGGGAGAGGUCACAACCUGCGAGAGAUCAUCUCCAUUGCACAGGAUCAGAGCGUGGUGCCUGGCCGGAGUAAGCUUUAUGCUGAGCGCUACGCCAAUCGAGGGAUCACUUUGGAUAAAAGGAAGGCCGGGGGCGAGAGAGAUCUGUAUGUCCUCCGGAUUGCCCAAGUCGUUCCCCAAGAUGAUGGGGCUUACUUUUGUAACGUGGCACAGUGGAUCCGGGACCCACAAGGAGAAUGGGAGAAGAUUGCCCAGCGGACCUUGGAGUUGGGGAAUAUCACAAUUACCCCUUUAGCGGACACCCUGACUGUCACAGUGACCCCAGAAGGAGAAGUGUCUCUGCCCAUCGGUUCUCCUCUCAGCCUUUCUUGUGCUAUUAGUGGAAUUAGCCCAAGUUCUCGCCCUUACAUGCUUAUCCAGUGGCUACGUGGAGGCCCAGGUGGUGGAGCUGAACUUUCAUUGGCUCAGAUGGCCCCAGAUGGAGUUGUGAGCUGGCGUGAAGAUAUUGUAAGGAAAGGGGAGGUCUCCUUUGAAAAGGAAGCCGAAGGCCGCUACACCCUAAGAUUCUUCUCCUCGCACCCAGCCGACGCAGGCCUCUAUCAGUGUGCAGUUAGCAUCUACACUGGACUACCAUCAGUCACGCAAAUCCCAGCUGCGAACCAGAGGUCAAAUGGGGUCAAUAUUAAGCUUAAGAUGAAAGCUGUGACCGUCCGAGCUGUGGCAGGACUUUCUGAAGGCCCUACCCUCCAAAGAGGCCAUACCAUCUCGCUGCUCUGCAACGUUUCUGUUGAAACUGUUGGCCUCACCCAAAUAGAGAUGAAGUGGCUGGCGUUUCACAACAGGGAGGACUUAAGCAGUGAGACGGUGCUGGUGGAGCUGCGGCAUGAUGGCACCACCAACUUCCACUCGAACAGGAGUGACAUUAGCCUUGACCAGCCAGUCCUUGGCACUUACCGCCUGCGGAUCCACAAUGCGAGGAUGGAGGAUCAGGGCCUGUACCAGUGCCAGGUGACUGUAUGGGGCCAAGAUCAGCAUGGAGCCUGGUACAACACUGGAGCCAGCAGUCAUUCCAGCUUAGUUCAGGUGUACAUGUACUCACAAGCUUUGGACCUACUUUUCAUCCCCAUCUUGGUGGGAGUGUCCAGCGCACUCUUCGUAGGAGUGACUGUGGUCGCCGCCGUGACCUGCUGCUUCAUGAGCCGCCUGGCAAGAAAGAGUGCCCGCAAGUAGGCCACAGAGAGCUACCAUUCCACGUAGGCACACCGGUAACCAAUGGACUGGCUAGGUUUCGGGAAGACAGUGCUGAAUGGACAGCCUAAGCAGCCCGCACUUCCCAAUUCCCCCCGUCCUUGUAGUGAAUUGGAAUUCUUGUGUUCCCAUUGUUCUCCUUUGAUUCUCCAUAGGACCUUACUUGGGGUUUAUCAGAGCGUUGACCUCUAAUAGCAAAACCCCUGCCCGCCACUGAUGCACCAGACCUGGUGGUCACACCAACAUAGCUAAACAGUGUGUCGUUUUUGGAAAUUGUUUCCUUUCUGUUGUGAAUUUUUAUUUUUUUAUACUUAAUUAUCACGUUUUAAAAAAAUCUAAACUUUGGACAUGUGCCAACGUGUUAAAAGGUGAUGACAAAUUCCUUUUGUCUUCUUGCACUGUUGUCCCCGUGUUUAGUUCCAGUGGCACCAGUGUGGCUUUGUUUUGCUUGUUAAACUGUGGGCAUUCGUGGAGAAGGAAGACUCGCUUUAGGAUGCGUUCUCAAGCCGCCAUUUGCACUGCGUUUUCUGAUGGUUCCCACUUGUGUAAUUUGUUGGUCAAAUGCUUUAGCGGAUGUGUACAGCGGAGGGGUUGGGGGUCAUACUAGGGUCUUUUUUUUCUUUGCUGCUUUUUUAUUGUUUGUGGGAGUAAAAGAUAUUGUGUUGUGGAAAUAUUGAAGCACUUGUUUAAAAUAAAACACUUGAAAACAAA